GGCUAGGUCAGUCUCUGUCUGAGUUGGGAGACGUUUCAGUAGAAUAUGAUCGAGAGCAUCGAGAGCACACAAGGACUACUUUGCUAGUGUUGUAGGACGGAGAGUAAUGGUGAGUCAUAUAGUUCGUCGUAGUCGUCAUGGUCGUGACAAAAGAGACGAGAGAACAAGGGGGGGCUGAGAUUGUCUGCUUGUUUACUCUCGUAAGACGUCGGGAGCAUUUGAAACUGAUGGCACAAGUGGAGACGUGUUGUAUUGGAGAUUCAUGCAGUGAAAUGUUUCAUGACACCCUCGACCUUCCAAACAUUGUAAGGUUUUAGCUGAAGAGAAUCAAGGACUCAACGUUAUAGUAUACAUUUGCAAGUGCUCGAUGCACUAGGUUACUUAAGUGCGAGGAGCACCCGACGUAUUAUUGAUAGAGGUGCUCACCGGAGGAGUGUGCCUACAAGUCGUGGGACUAGUGAGAGAUAGCCAUCUGUAAUAGAGGGAGGCCUCUAAGUAUACGCCCGAAGAGGACGAAAGACUGACAGCGCGGACAAUUUCACUACCUGCACCAGGAAGCAAUAGUAAUAAAUUUCUAACGGAAUGAUAGGCGUGCUUGGGGAUAAGAGUAGUAGACCCGUCCAGAAGUACUAUGAGUCAUGCGGCGUCCGGGGGCCCGUUCGCGACAUAUGCCCUUGUUGCAGUAAACACAGCCGUUUUUUCACUGCAUUCACUGAGCUCGUACCGGUUUGAAGACGGCUGGUCUGAUGAUCAUGAACGACGAGGUGCUAGUGCAACUAUUUCCUCCUCAAUCUCAAAGGCGGGAAAUAUUAAGAAUAAAUCGGCGGACCGCCCGGCGGAGGCCCUCUUCCUCGUUCGACAUCGAGAGAGCGCUGCAGAGAAUAAGCAGACUACAGCAUCAUCAUCAACAAGUAGUUCUGCAAGUGCAACCACUCAAGGAGAUGGGAACACACAUUAAGGGUAGGCUAAAGGUGUUCCUGUUACCGUUUGUUUUGCCUGUCCUAAGGGAGAAAGGCAGAGCAAACGGGAAACAGGAACUCCAAAAUCCUACCUCUAAGAACAUCAGAAAGUCACCGAAGCUCCUGCACGGACGAGCGAGACUUGCUCAACAUGCGAGCAGUUGCCAACGUUGCCGCCAGGAGCACCAGCACGACGAGGUGGCACUUUUUUUGCCACUUCUCCAACUGUUUUCAACACCCAUGGAAACGAGAACGACAAGGUUUUCCACUCUGAGGGCUCCUUGUCUGAGGGCACGAAAACAGCAGACUCAUUUUAAGGCUCCAGUAUUAUCAAGCUCCUGCAGAUGGAUUUGCGGUUGUGCUGGAAUUCAGUUGAUUUACUUAUAGACCUCGUUUUUAUCUUGUCUUCUUCUAUCUCACUCGUCACUGGUCUUGUUAUAUUAGUUUGAGAGCUUGUUGCUAAAUAUGCCUGCUUAUCACUGGUCUUGCUAUAGGUGAAAGCUUGUUGCUAGAUGUGACUAUUUUAUUGGGGUGCGUCUAAUCAUUAUGUCGGCGCGUGGCGAACCUCCGACAAGCUCUCAUGUCACGGCAGUGGUGGGAUGUGCAUUUCACCGCGACUUUUAGUGACGUAGCGCCAUUCUUUGAAGCCAGGACGAACACCACCAUUCUAUGUAGAACUUCCAAAUCCAAUCCAAUCAGGCAGCCACCUGAAUAAUCACACAGCCCGGUGGAUGAAUAGCAGAAUCGUAGUCGUAGUCCUGCUCUCUAAUUUCAUAGUACUCACACAUUUUCAUUAGGACAGAACUCGUGCAGCUCCAUCAUCUCUUCUGUGUGGCAAUUACUAAAUGAUCCUAGAUAAAUCACGUUUGGAAGCCUUCUGAGUACUAGUAGUACAUCCUUAAUAUCAUUUUUAGACGUCAAGAGGAAUGAUCCAAGGAGGAAGGCAGCAGCUCACUGUCACUCAGCCACGACGGAUAUUAAUGACGGAUAUUGAUGCUGUACUGGUAUUACUUCUAAGUAUGAUUCCUGAUCCUGCUUGCAUGCAGAGGACUGCGAGCUGCUGUGCGAGCACUGCGGAACAGGAUCAGAGCAUGCCUGUUUGUGCAGGUUCGACGAUGACUUCCUCUAUCGACUUCCGCCCCGUAACUAUUGCAAGGAGCGAGGAGGAGGAGAGACGCAAGAAAGGGCGUUGUUACACACUUGCAACGUGUAACUUCAUGCACGCGACGCUUACCCACUUCGGGUUCAACGUGCUCACGCUCCUCUUCCUGGGCCGCGACGUCGAGUUCAUCCUGGGGCCGCAACGAUUCUUAGGACUCUUUUUGGGUACGUCUUGUACUUGGUGUUCAUUUGUUUUGUAAUUAUACUAUUAAGGCCCCGCGACGCUCAAAGCACUAAGUAAAGCAACCGGCUAGUUUUCACCUCCACAAUCUUAGGCCUAUCCCACGCAACAAUGUAAUUAUACUAUUAAGGGUAGGUCAAAGGUGCUUUUGUUACCGUUUGUUAUGGCUCUCCUAAGGGGGACGGCCAUAACAAACGGGAUAAACGAACACCAAAAACCUACCUCUAAUACUAGACACGACGGACUAGUUCCAUGCAUGUACAGCCUUAGUAUUGGGUGAUGUUCUUCAAUUCGUUUUGAUAGAUACGACGAGUAUGAAUAUAAUUUCAUAUUAGGUCCAAUUCUGGAACGUAGUUGCGCUUGUACUUCCUCUGCUUUUUGUGAAAAGUUUCUUUUAAAAGUACGAAUCUCGUGUUUUUCCUCCUGACUCAACUUUAGUAUCUUGAAUUUUGCUAGGGUAGAGCUAGAGGCUUAGGUCUAAUUGCGACGCGUCACGCACUAAGAGAACAACCGGCUUCUACGUUUCCUUUUCCAUCCAAUUUAUUACCUUGAAUUUUUUUUGCAUUGCUUGAUAAUAUUCUAAGGUCUACAUCAUGCCUAUUAAUUUGAAAGAACAACUAUAUACCAUGAUCGAUUCAGCAGGGUCAGCCACCGCAUCGUCAGCCGCACAAGUCUUGUACUUGGGUCUCGUUGCUAACGAGCGUGGCACACGCUGUCUCGGCUCCAGUGGCGGUGUUUGUUCCUUGCUGGCUUUCGCAGCCGUGGUUGCUCCAACUGCUGUCAUUUACUGGUUAAGGCUACUUCUAUCAGAUAGUAGAGGCUAACCGCAAGUGCUCGUGGCUCUGCUUUCAAUACUAAAGAACAUAAUCGUAGUUGAUCGACGUGCCGUAUUAUUGGGUAGGGACUGUCGAUGCGGUUUUUUCUGCGUAAGAUUUAGAUUAUCUAUAAGCAUAAAAUCUUGUUAAGAUACAAGAAAGUCCUUUCGUUUUUUUAUAGAAGAAUAGCUUCACUUGAAUUCCAAGGCCUACGAGACUGUUAAAAACUAGGUUAGCCCCUUCAUCCAAUCAUUAUUGGGUAGGGGCUGUGCUGAGUGGGUAGUCUUUGAUUUGAGGGGGAUACUUAAUCUUGUUUAGGAAGAUCAAGAAGAUGAAGAUUUCUUUUUUGAGGGGAAGGAACAGUACAUCACCAAAGAACCGCGAAGAGUGAUCGACUAUUAUUUACCUUUAAGCUGGUGCGGCUUCGUGCCCAUUCCGCUCUGGGUGUGCCUGACCCUACUGGUUUCGGCGGAUGUCGCGCUGCCGCUCUUGUGUCCUCAACUAGAACGCUUUUUGCUCAACGGAAACACUUCUCACAUUGAGAAGAGACAUCUUCUGGAAAACAAGAGUAAGAAUUAAGGGCUUCCGAAUUACAUCCCUCACUGCCAUCCUCGGCUCCUGUUCAAGGGGAAAAUAGGCCAAGGAUGUUCUGAAGGAUGCAACUUGAAUUCGGCAACCUUUAAAAGAAAGAAGUAGUACUAACCGAGCAGGACGACCUUAAUGAAGUUGAAGAUAGAACUAUUUCUUCAGUCUCUUCAGUAUCAGUUUCGUCUCGUUCGGCUGCGCCUGGUGAAGACGUGGCUCCUGUCCGGCGAAGCUCUAGUGCUACUGGCGAGCAGCUACUCGAACUCCAGUCGUGUGAGACCCGAGCCGCCACGGCAGUAGAGCCGCCAGCGUAUUCCGUGGCCCACACAGCUCACCUCGCUGGCGUCAUAUUUGGCGUUGGGGCGGGUCUACUUCAUCGCUAUUCAUCGCGUGCACAACGAUUCUCAUUUUCUCGCCUAUCGUCGUCGUCGUCUUCAAUUAUACCAAAUAAGGGAAAGCCAGCAUUUUUGAAACGGAAGCUUUCGGCUGCGACCUAAGAAAGUGUGAGGAACUGCAUGGAUAGUUUCGUAAAGUCCAUUCUCUCUGGUCGUUUCCACCAUGGUCGUGUGAGUGCAGAUUCUUUUCAUAAAUGAUCUGCUCUUUAUUUUCUUGUAAACGAACAAAAGUUUCGGAAAAAAAGAACACAAGAAGAAAAAAUGAGUUUAGGAAGGAUGUCCAUAGAUAAGCGUCCGUGAAUAUCAAAGUAUUUUUUCGACGCGGCCUUGGCCUUGAGUUUUUUCUUGU